AUGGAUAAUGAAUUUAUUCCUGCAAGUGAUCCAGAAGAAAUUAAAAAUUUUCUUCAUAAUUGUGGUUUAAUACCACUCAAUGAAUAUUAUAUACAAGUAAAAAAAAUGUUAAAACGUCAACGACAAUCAUCAAAAACAAUUAAUGAACAAAUACAAAAAAAAUUAGCUGAAAAUGGUAUUCAUAAAGAUGAUUUAUCAAAAAAUAUAUCAUUAUUAUGUCCACGAAAACGAACUUCUUUUUCACCUGUAAUUACACGUAAACGAGGAAAAGCAAUUAAAAAACGAACACCAUCGGCUACACAAGUAUCUACUAUAACGACUACAGUUAUUACACCAACAACAACGACAGAUAUUAUUGAAAUACCAAUAGAAAAAAUAACAAAUAUAACUGAUGAUGAUCAACCGUUAGAUUUACGUUUACGAACACAAACUAUUAAUAAAUUUUGA